UUUUCUUGGCGACCUUUAUCGCAUUAAAGCACCUAUAGAAAGGCGGGGGGAGCUGGAGCAGUUCAGUUGCCAUUUUAGGGCUCAAGGAAAAAGUGAAGAGCGAUGUUGCAUACUGUUAUCAAACUGGACUUCAAAUGACACAUAUCUCAACUGAACGACACCUACCUUGUAUAUGAAAAAUUCUGAUACUACUGUUUACCUGCAUUUGGGUACAUUAUCAUUAUCAUCGCUGGGUUGACAUGGCGUGUGGAAAGUUAGAUAUGACUGGCUUGCCUCAAAAGGCCCCUCCUAAGCCCUCCAAACCACUACAGUAUGCUGAUGUUGCUGUUACCGCUACGGCCAAUGAGUUUGACGGCUGCUAUCGAAACAAGAAAUAUCACCCAGCUGAUUUCUCAAACACACUCGAUCGCGCCCUAGCAGCGGGCGUAGGGAAGGUGAUGCUAACAGGCAUGUCCCUAUCCGACGUGCCUGUAAAUCUUGCCAUAGCGCAAUCCCGGCCAAAUCAAUGCUUUAUCACGAUAGGAGUUCAUCCAUAUCACGCUGCAGAGCUCGGUGCCGAAGACCAGUCACACUUGCAAAAGCUAGCAGAUAGCCUGGGAGCAGCUCUCGCUCUGACACCUUGCCCUGUAGCGGCUUUUGGUGAACUGGGACUCGAUUAUGACCGGCUCAAUCAUGCAUCAAAGGACGUCCAGAUUCGCGCAUUCAAGGCACAGUUGGAUCUGUUCGUAGCAAACGAAUGGGACCUACCCUUGUUCCUACACUGUCGCGCAGCAUUUGACGACUUCGUCGACAUCAUUAGACCUUAUCUCGGGCGACUGCCAAGAAGCGGCCUAGUGCAUAGCUUUGUCGGCUCUACAGGCCAGAUGGAAGCACUUGUUGGGAUGGGCUUGGAUGUUAGCGUCAACGGGUUCAGCUUCCAGGACCGGGAGAGUCUAGGGAUGGUAGCCGCGAUCCCGCUGAAGCGAUUGCAGAUCGAGACCGAUGCUCCGUGGGGAGAAAUAAAAAGUAGUAGCGAAGUCGCGAAACUAUACCUUGCCAACGCCGCACCGUUGCCGGCUAGCAAGAAGCGAGAUAAAUGGGAUGCAACGUGCAUGGUCAAGGAGAGAAAUGAGAGCUGUGCCAUCGAGAGGGUGGCUUACGUGGUGGCUGGUCUGAAAGGGAUAACUGUUGAUGAAGUUGCCGAAGCUGCAUGGAGGAAUAGCGUUGCGAUGUUCGGCUUUGGUCUAUUGCCUACUACUAGUACCUAGGGGUAAUAGGGUAAUAGGCGAUGAAGAUUUAUGAAGAGCUUCUUCUACUCGCCACUUAGGAUGCUUAACUGCGAAGCUGCCAAGUAAUACUAUCUAGGGUAGUUCAAGCUGAUCAACUAUUUCUAGACUAGUAUAUGAAUAGCUCCUAUUCUCGAGCUGCUUGGCAUUCCUACUUGGCAUACAUAUCUAUGCAUUUGGGUCUGGGACUGGGCACCGGCCUGAGGUUUGAUCCGAUCCGUCAUUACACUGAAGAGAAGCUUAUACUACUAGUAGUAACAGCACGUGAAAUAUGCCGUGUACCAUGAGACUGUCGAAUCAGAGGAACGGAAUCAUGAACGCGGAAUGAUCGCGAGACUCACCGUCUGAACCGCAAAAAUGUUCACUAAUCAUCAAAUAAAUUC